AGGAAGGCAUGCUCAUCUCAACAUCGUACACGACACUCUCUUUCCAAUCUGUCACGCUACUAAACCCAUCCAUUCUGAUCCUCGUCGGAUUCCACCAAAAGGGUUUUUGAUACGUGAAGAAGAUGAUGACAAUUCGCUCCCAAUCUUCAGUAUCAUCGUCCAAAAUUUUCUCAUCUCUACGAUCGUCCUCCAUUAAUCCAUCGUCUUCAAGCUCCAGAACCUCCGUUUUCGUCAAAACUGUCUUCACAUCAACCAUGAAUCAUUCCGUUAAAACCGCAUUGAAAGUUCCGAUUGUUUCAGCUUCUCAAUCCACUAAUGGAUCCCACUUUUCGUCAUCUUCGGGUGGUGAUUCGUUCUUCAGAAGUGUGCUUUCAAGUAUGGAACAAGUGUAUUUGAAUCGAAACCCAACUGCAAAAGCAAUCCUGGAGCUUGUCGGAUCUACAGAUGCUAAUCAAAUAUGCUAUGAUCAUAUCGCAUAUCGGACGUUUGGGGUAAAUGGUUAUGGAAUCGAUUCUAUAUCAAAGUUCUUCCUUGAUUUUGGUUAUACUCAACGCGAAGAAUUAAGAUUUCCAAAAAAGAAGCUGAAAGCUCUCUGGUUUUCACCUCCAAACGUCUCCUCCAUUAAUGGUGGCAGCGGUGUUCAUGGCCCCUUACCUAGAAUCUUCAUCUCUGAACUUCUUGUGGAUCAAAUGAGCCUACAAGCCCAGGAAAUAAUCAGAAAGUACACCGGGCUAUCGGGUGCUGGACAUAAACAUACUGUCCUUUCAAGUGCUCUUGGUUGUUUAACGUGGCCCAAACCAUCACAUGAUGAAUUCCAACAAUUAGCUAGUGAAAGUGAGUAUGCUGCAUGGACUCUAGUCAAUGGUUACAUGGUAAAUCAUGUCACCAUAUCAACUCAUAGGCUCAAAUCUCGCUUGAAAAACAUCAAGAAUUUUAACGAGUUCAUUGAGGACAAAGGGUUCAAGUUGAACUCGGAAGGGGGCGUUCUCAAAGUGAGCCCAGAUGCUCUAUUGUUGCAAAGUUCAACGGUUGCAGACUCGAUCCCGUUUGAAUUCUCCGAUGGCAUCAAAGAAUCGGUCCCGUGUUCAUAUAUCGAGUUUGCUGAGCGCAUUGUGUUGCCCGAAUACAAAGAUUUACCCGAAGAUAAGGUUCAAGAGGUUCAUAGACGAGAUGGAUUUGAAGUUGGUAACGCUGAUAAAAUAUUUGAGAGCACAUCGAUGGAUCAGUUAAAUAGGAGAGUUGCUUGAGGCAAAACACAAGUGAUUCGAUGAUAAUCAAACAUGUAAUUAGAAUAAACUACUAGCAACAAAUGUGAAGUUGUUUCUCAAGUA